CGCCUUUCCCGCUGUAAGUUUCCCGGGCUCCGUGCCCCUCCGCUCCCGCGCCGCAGGAAGAACCCCAGGCGGCCUGCCACCCGGCCGAGCCACCCUGAUCUCGCACCUGCCUCCCGAUGUGGUGUCUCGAGCGGCUCCUCCGCGACCGGGACGGGCUUCUCUUGGGUCGGACCCGCCACGCCCAGACCCGAUCGCCCAGCGCGUGCGCAAACGUGCUCACUCCGGAACGAAUCCCCGAGUUCUGCAUCCCGCCGAGACUCGAGUCCAGCCUCACUUUGAUUGAUCUCCGAAAGUCUUGGGAGCAAAUGGCCAGGACGGACGAGGGCGCGGGCCGCACCGACUGGGACCCGCGCUCGCAGGCCGCGCUCUCGCUGCCGCACCUGCCCCGCGCGCGCACCGCCUACGGCUUCUGCGCGCUGCUCGAGAGCCCGCACACGCGCCGCAAGGAGUCGCUCUUCCUCGGGGACGCGCCGCUCCGCGCCCCGGGCCCCCACUCCGCGCCGCGCCCGCGCGCGCACACCUACUCCGCGGGCGCCGUGAGGCCGGCACCAGGACCGGGAGGGGAGCGCGACGCCCCCUUCGCGUCCCCGCCAUCCCCGGUCCCCGCCGGCCCCCAGCCCAGCCCGGACUCCGUCGCCCCGCGGCCCCGCGGGCGCCGCCUCCUGCGCGCCCCCGACGGGCUCCUGGGCCGCGCGCUGCGCGCCUGCGGGAGCCGAGGCCCGGCCCGCGCCCGCUCCGCCUCCGGCAGGGUAAAGGACGGGGACGGGAACCAGGGCGGCCCCGCCUCCUCCGAGCCCCCGACCUCGGCCCCCGCGCGGCCCGAGCGCCUGGAGGCCGAGGGCACUGUGCCCCUGAGCCGCGCCGGCUGCGCCCUGCGCCUGGCCGCCGAGUACUGUCCGGGCAGCGGACGCCUCCGCCUGCGGCUGCUGCGCGCGCAGGGCCCGGCCGGGGGCGCCCUGGAGCCCUGCGCCGUCGCCUGUCGCCUCCGCUUGGUCCUGCAGCCGCCGGGCGCCUGGCGCGCGCCCAGCAGCGGGGGCUUGGGGCGCAGCCGCCAGGCGGCCUUGGAGCAGGACUUCUGCUUCGAUGGCCUCAGCGAGGAGCAGCUGCGCCGCCUGGCCGUGCGCGUCCAGGCCGAGCUCAAGGGCCACGGGUUGCAGCGGGGCCGCCGGCUGGGCCAGGGCGAGCUGCUGCUGGGCUCCCUGCUGCUCUGA